AUGGUCAUUGUCUCAUUGAAUAAUUUCAGGCAUCUCACAAGAACACUUGUGCUUCUAUUUCUCUGCUCACGGCUUACCAACUGCCAGGUCUUAUCGCUGGGAAAAUGUCCAUACUUUCCUGUGGAACCGAACUUCAAAGCCGGACCCUUCCUUGGUUUAUGGUAUGAACAGGAGAAAUAUCCCAAUCUGUUUCAAAUCGGCGGAAAAUGCAACACAGUUGAGUACAACAAGAAAAUCGAUGGAACGCUCUCUAUCAUAAAUCGGCACGAGAAUCAGUUAACUGGGAUCGAAACUGGAAUCCGAGGCUAUGGUAAGCAGCUGUUUCCCGGAAGUAUGCACGUCAGGUUUCCACAACCAUGGAAAGGUGACGCCCCUUAUUAUAUCAUUGGAACCGACUACAUUCACUAUGCUGUGGUAGUUAGCUGCAAAGAGUUUGGUCUCCUGCAUGGAAAGACCGUGUGGAUUCUCACCCGAGAUCGCCAUCCACGUCUGGUUCAUAUGAAAAAGGCUUACCGAGACAUAGAACACGCUAAUUUGUCACUGGUGUUCCUCGAGAAAACCGAUCAAAAGCAUUGCGAUGUUGUGAGACCAUCUGUGAAUAAAUAUAUCACUGGAAAGCAUUGAUAACCAGUUUGAUGCUGUUGCUGCAAAGUUUACAAACGUACAUUUGCCUAAAAUUACAGGUUGCUAAAGCCUUUAGAAAACAAAGCAACAGCUCGUGAAAAUAUCAUGAUGUUUUCCGUGUAAAAAUGCGAAUGAUACAGAUUUUCACUUUUUCAGAAAAACCCGCAUGAAUUUUACAAAUGCGCUAUCAGUGGAUGGUAAAGGUAGAUGCGUUGGAAAACCUCUCAAACUGUUUGAAGUGAAAUAGUUUUUAAGUUUUGAUGUUAGGCUAAAGUGAUGGGUCUCAGUUUUAUCGAGAAUUAGAUCACUUGCAGAGCUAACAUCUGCAAACGCGGGUAAAUUAUUUAUUCCAGUUCCAUCAGUAUUCUAAAAAAAAUAAAAUGAGAUUUGAUAUAUUGCCAAAGAAAGUAUGGGCAUGGAAGACGAGAA